AUGGCUUUGCCACUUAACCUGCAUGGGUUCGAACCUCUUGUUCUGCACGUGGAAAUAUCUUCGUUCUUCAGGUCCACAGGAUCAGCUUGUUGGUCUGUUCUGUAUUCAUUGACAAGCGAAGUGUUUGAAGGCUUCCAACUUUUUCUGAUUUUUGCGCACUUGGAAAGUUCUUCGGCUCUUCAGGUGGACAGUUUAUGGAUUUCCAUAAAAGAUGUCAGAGACAAGAGGUUCCAGAGAGGCAGCUUAGUUGCAGAAGCAGUAGCAAUAACAAUAAGAGAGGUUGAGUUCAUUACAGUUACAUGUAUAUGUCUACUUGCUGAUCAUACUAGUUUAUCUGAAAUGUAUGAGUACAUGCUGCUAAUAGAGGUUUUGAACUAUAUGAAUAUGGCAAUGGCACGUACAAAGAGGUUCACCAGAAGGGUGCAUCCCACAACCUCCUCUGCUAAUGAAGGGACAACCAAUGUGCAACAACAAAACCAAAACUCGGUAGUACCCACUCAACAAUUGAGUACUCAGCCACAUGAAUUGGUGAUCCACCAACAACAAGUACCUUCUGCUCAAUCCCAACCACCAUCUGCUCAAUCAGGAUUUGCACAAGCUGCAACUGCAAAUACUGAACCUCCACCAUCAUCUGCUCAACCUACAAUAGCACCUGCUGCCUCUGAACCAGUCUCUGGUCAAUCUCAGCCAUCCGAUCAAAGACCACCACGAAACCCUUCCCAAAGGACAUGCAACAAAUACUGGGUUGUUGAUGUGCUAGCUGAUAAUGGAGUGGCUGAUGCGGAAAGACUACGUGUGCGGGAUGUAUUGGUACUUCCUCCUCAUAAGAAAGUAGUAGUGGAAUGGAAUGAGGACAUUCAGCCUGUCGGGGAGGCUGCUGCCCUAUUGCUUGGUUUUUUGGGUCACCUUGCAUGCAACCCAAACAUAUUCCCUAUCAGUUAUGAGAGGUGGCCUAAAAUACCCCCCAUCUACAAGGAAGAUGUUUGGCUAAACACUAUUAAGAAAAGAUUCGUUGUGGAUAAUGAUGACCAUUAUCAUUUCUGUAUGGGCAAUAUGGGUAAGAAAUGGAAAGACAACAGGUGGAGGCUAGCGAAUGAAAUGUAUGAAAAAGACAAAAGCUUUGAGCAAAAUCUAGAAAAUUUCCCUGAUGGGAUGACAAGGGAACAAUGGGGUAGUUUCUUGACUUAUAAAACAAGUGAGAAAGCAAAGAAAUAUAGUAGAAUCAAUACUGCUAAUAGACAGAAACAAACUAUCCCACAUACCCUAGGCUCAAAGACCAUUGCAAGGAGGAAAAGAGAGCUGGAAAUAGAACGUGGAACAACAGUGACCAGGGGGGAAAUGUAUGCUGUUGCUCAUAAGAAAAAGUGUGGAAAUUUUGUGAAUGAGGAAGCUAGGCUGAAAAAUGAUCAAUUACUAGUACAGAUGCAACAAACCAAUUCUGAAGUAGAGGCUUUUAUUAAUGUAUUUGGGAAGGAACACCCAGGUCGGGUUAGAGGCAUGGGUUUUGGGGUGGUUCCAUCCCAAAUACGUAGAACAUCAACUAGUUCAGCCUCAACUUCUUCCAGUAGUCCUACACAAGCUGAAUAUGAUGCCCUAAAAGAAGAGUUGGACACUAUAAAAGACAAGAUGGUAGAGCUUGACACAUUGAAAUCACAAAUGGCACAUUUUCUGCUAAAUUUUGGAAGUCAAUUGCCAUCUAAUGAGGUUCCUGACUUGGGAUCUCCUGCCAUUAGAAAGUCCUCCAAUGCUAGUCAUAAUCCUUCUCUUGGACCAGAAUCUUCAAAUCAUGGACCCUCACCACCAUCAUCUUAA